UGAGGUGAAUUUCGAGGAUUUGAAUGUGAAUGUACAGACCCUAAAGGUUUUGUGGAGGUGUGAGUUUAGGGAGUGGUGUGGUUGAAAUGUUAAGAUCUGUGUUUGAACUUGAAGAGCUAGGUCAAUGAAUAGCUUAUAUGCUUGUGGGUGUGAAUGCAAGUGAAAGUAGGGUUUUGGUGGAUUUUCUAGAAGGGUUUUAGAUGAUCUGAGGAGUUGUUGGGAAGUAUUGUGGACUAGAACAAACCCAGGAGCUGGUUGAAUUACAGCUUUCGAGCUGUUCUUUUCGUUGUUUGAGGAUUCUGAGGAUUCUGGGUGGGAAUCAAGGCUGAGUUCUGUGUAGAAGUUGGUGCUGAAUAAAAGAGGUGAUAGAAUGUCAGGAGCUCCAAGAGUAAAGUCUAUCAAUGUGGCUAAUUCAGAGUCACGGUCGGUGCUUGGACCUGCUGGAAAUAAGGGAGGGGCAUUCAGUGCACGAAAACCGGCUACUAAGCCACUGAGAAAGACUGAGAAAAUGGUUGAGGAGUUUACAUCAGCUGAAGACAAGAAAACCCAGCAAUCUUCAAAGCUUUCUACCUCUCCUCAGCUGCAUUCUCUCAGUGUUCCCUCAGUACUUCGUCGGCAUGAGCAGUUAUUGCAGUCUAAUUUUUCACUAAAUGCUUCAUGUUCAUCUGACGCCUCUACAGAUUCAUUCCAUAGUAGAGCAUCGACUGGUAGACUUAUUCGAUCAAAUAGUGUAGGGAGUAGGAGGAAGCAGUAUGUUUCUAAACCAAGAAGUGUUGUUUCUGAUGGUGGAUUGGAUUCUCCUCCUGGUGGUUCUCAGUCAAAGAAACGGUGUGCUUGGGUGACGCCAAAUACUGAUCCAUGUUAUGUUGCUUUUCAUGAUGAAGAAUGGGGGCUUCCGGUACACGAUGACAAGAAACUGUUCGAGCUUCUUGUCCUAUCCGGUGCUUUGGCUGAACUUUCAUGGCCUCUCAUUCUAAGCAAAAGGCACAUCUUUAGGGAAGUGUUUGCAGAUUUUGAUCCUGUUGAUGUCUCAGAGUUUAAUGAGAAGAAGAUAAUGGCACCGGGAAGUGUUGCAAGCUCCCUAUUGUCUGAAUCAAAGUUGCGUGCUAUCCUCGAAAAUGCACGUCAAAUGACCAAGGUUAUAGAUGAGUUUGGAUCCUUCGACAAGUAUAUUUGGAGCUUUGUGAAUAACAAGCCUAUAGUUAGCAGAUUCCGGUACCCUCGGCAGGUUCCAGCCAAAACCCCAAAAGCAGAUGUGAUCAGCAAAGAUCUUGUGAGAAGGGGAUUCCGUAGUGUGGGUCCCACUGUCAUCUACUCUUUCAUGCAAGUCGCCGGAAUUACAAAUGACCAUCUGGUUAGUUGCUUCAGAUUCCAGGAUUGUCUUAACGCUGCAGAAGGGAAGGAAGAGAAUCGCACCAAGGAAGAGAGUGGAAAGAAAACCGAGAACGGGAUAGAAUCAGACUUGUCAGUUGCCCUAGAUGAGUUGAGUUUCUCCUCUUAUGAAGACUGUCCAGAUAAAAAAAAGACUUAUGAAGACUGUCUUGAUCACCCUGGUUCAAUCAUCAGUUUACCUACCACAUUGACUGAUUCAGAGCUACUCAUACUCUUCUUGUAUAGGGUAGUGUUGAAGAUAGUUUCGUGUGUAAUUAAUGAAUUCUGAAGCAAAUAUGGAUUUUCGCGCACUGUAGAUUACUGAAGUGAAUUAAAAUGAAACUGGUGAUUGUGCUGU